CUGCGGCGGACUGUGAGAAAGGACUUUCUUCCAUUGCGCGCAGACUGAUUACUUUCCUGAGGUCUGAACUUCUGCACAUUAAAGAUGGAAAUAUAACAGUUCCUAUUUAAACAAAACUCGACACGAAUGGGUCUCAGUGAAGAAACUCUGCGGUUCGUGAUAUCUGAUGGCAGAUGUGUGCCACCGACAUGACAGUACAGGGUGAUGACUGACAGGUAAACCCUGAAGAAAGCAGUCGACCCGCUCGCCAACACCCAUCCGUGACCCGUCUUACCUGUACGAUCCGCUCCUGUCCGGAAAAAUCCAGUCCGAAUCGUCCCGCAAUGAUCAACCAACAUAUUUUCCUGCAUUACAACUACACGGGGAAACUAAGCAAUCGCAAUGACACCGAAGGCGCUCCGCUGGACCCUAAAACCGCGGUGUUUUUGGUCGUCUGCGGCCUCAUCGUCUUGGAGAACCUAAUAGUGCUGGUGGCCAUCUGGCAAAACCACAAAUUCCAUAACAGGAUGUACUUUUUUAUUGCCAACCUGGCUCUGUGCGACUUGUUAGCCGGCGUGACUUAUAUAGUCAACCUGCUGAUGUCAGGACAGUGGACGAUACACUUGUCUCCAGCCGAGUGGUUUGUUCGCGAAGGGAGUAUGUUUGUAGCAUUAGGCGCUUCUAUUUUCAGCUUACUUGCGAUUGCGAUCGAACGCCACCUUACUAUGAUCAAAAUGAGGCCUUACGACACAAGCAAAAACUACCGGGUGUUUCUGCUCAUAGGAACCUGCUGGUUAAUCGCGAUCACACUGGGAGCGCUGCCUAUUUUAGGCUGGAACUGUUUAGAAGAUCUUCCUCAGUGCUCGACCAUCUUACCUCUGUACAGCAAGAGCUACGUUGCGUUCUGCAUCACCAUCUUCAUCUCGCUCCUGCUGGCCAUCUCUGUCCUCUACGCCCGCAUUUACGCCCUGGUCAAGAGCAGCAGCCGCAAAGUCACCAAGCACAGCAACUGCAAGCACUCCAUGGCGCUCCUGCGCACCGUCAGCAUCGUGGUGGGCGUCUUCAUCGCCUGCUGGACGCCCAUCUUCGUGCUGCUGCUCGUCGACGUGGCCUGCGGGAACAAAAAGUGCCCGGUUCUGCUCAAAGCCGAUUGGUUCGUGGCGCUGGCCGUUUUGAAUUCCGCCAUGAACCCCGUCAUCUACACGCUGGCCAGCAGGGAGAUGCGCCGGGCGUUUUACAGGCUCGUGUGCGGGUGUCUGCUGCGGGACGGCGGGAUGGGGUGCAAGCAGAACACGGACCCCAGCCGGAGCAAAUCCAGCUCCAACUGCCAUCGGGCGGCCGAAGAGGAAAACCCAGACGCCAACGCACAGAAUCAGACUAACACGAGCUGAAGCACUCAGUAACGUUUACAUGGACAACAGUAAUCCGAUUUUAACACGAUUAAGACAAUACUCUGAUUAAGAAUCUACCAUGUAAACAGAUUUUUGAUUACUAGAAGUAAACACAAAUUGAAUUAAGACAUGGGGAGUAUUCCAAUUUUAGUCGUAUUAUCGAAGUGCAGUAUUGCGUACGUUUGCAUGGACAACAAUUUUAAAACGCUUGACAACAAUCUACCAUGUAAACAGAGAUUUUUGAUUACCUUAAUCUGGCUAAAGUCAACAAAAAUCUAAUUAAGACAUGGGGAGUAUUGCUAUUUUAGUCGCAUUAUCGAAGUGCAGCAUAGACAUGUACACACCUGUCGUGUAGCACUUUUCGCUGCAUUUUGCGACAGGAUUCACUCACGACAGCGCAUGGCUUUAACAACGGCGUCGUCUGUUUGCAUGUAUAGCAUGACAAUAAUUUACUGCAUUUAAAGCUUUUGUAAAUAUAAAAAUGAAACACCCAAAACUGUAUAUGGCAUCAUAAUGAAAACUAACUAUAUGCUUAUCUAUUGAGUGCUGUCAAACGAUUAAUCGCAUCCAAAAUAAAAGUUUUUGUUUACAUAAUAUAUGUGUGUAUACGGUGUAUAUUUAUUGUGUAUAUAUAAAUACAAACACAUGCAUGUAUAUAUAUUUAAGAAAAAUAUGUUACAUUUAUAUAUGAAAUAUAUUUCUAUAUCAUAUAAAACAUAAGAAUAUGAAUAUAUGUGUAUUUAUAUAUAGACAUAAUAAAUAUGCACAGUACACACAUAUAUAAUGCAAACAAAAACUUUUAUUUUGCAUGCAAUUAAUCAUUUGACAAAAUUCUGGAGCGGACGUAAUGAUGUGUGCCAUUAAUCGAUCUAUACAUGUAAAACGGGAACAUGAAUAUUCUAAAAGCAGUAAACACCUUAAUCAUAAUAUUGUCUUAUUUAGAAUAAGGUAAAUAAUUAGAUUACUGAUGUCCAUGUGAACGUAGUCGGAGUGUUUGCUGAAAUGCAAACUACAGCAUUAGUGUAUACUAAAGUGCACAAUAAAGCCUCAGCACAUGUUAAGUGCAUAUUGAGCAGUGGAAAAAUGUUCUUACACUGCAAAAAAAAUGUUUCCUAAUGCCGUUUUUCAGUGCAAGUAUAUAAACACUCUUAAAUCAAAACACAUUUACUUGAGAAAAAAGAUAAGUCGUCAUGUUUUCUGAAAAAUGUACCAGAAUUUAAGUACAUUUCUGGUUAAAACAAGAAAAAAAAAAUCUGCCUACGGGGUCAGAAAAAAUGAUUUUCUCUUUGAAUCAGGGUUUUUAAAGUUAACUAAAGCUAAAAUUAAAACAAUUAAAAACAUUUUUGUUACAUUAGCUGAAAUAAAAUAAAAUAAAUAAAUAGAAAACGUUUUAUUUCAAUUAGUUGGCAAGCCAACAUUCCUCAUUUUAAUUUAGUUUAAAACUGAAAUGAAAAUUAAUAGAACUAUAUAUAUAUAUAUAUAUAGUAUAUAAAAAUUGCUAAAACUAAAAUGAAAACAGCAAAUAUAAAAAAAUAAAAGAUUCCAAGUAUAAAACUAUAAUAGUAUCUCAAUGAUACUAAAAUAACACUGUUUUGAAUGAAGUUUAUUUUACUUAUUUACUUAUUUCUUGUUUUAAGCAAAAACUCGCUUGAAUUUGAUGUUUUUCAGAAAACAAGACUUUAUAUCUUUAGUCCUUUUCCUCCUCAAGAAAAUGUGCUUUGAUUUAAGAAUGUUUAGAUAUUUGUACUGAAAACAACACAAAAUACCGAGUAAGAAAAUCGUUUUUGUAUUCGGUGUAGCUGAUCUGUACAGACAGGACAUAGAAAAGACUAAUUUGCCAAUCCUAUAAAUAUUGACAGUAUUUAUUUAGUGCUAUGUUUAAUGAUGCACUGAUCUGUAUACCUAAAGCCUUUUAUGCCAGGUGCUGAUAUAUAUAUAUAUAUAUAUAUAUAUAUAUAUAUAUAUAUAUAUAUAUAUAUAUAUAUUAUACUAGCAUGUUUGACACUUCAGUCUGUAUGAUACGUUGUAUAUAGGUUGUUAAUUUUUGUUGAAAUAACUUCUCAAACUUUUACCAAAGAACAAUCAUACAAGAUCAGUCUGUAUGGAGUAAACAUACACGGCAAGAAUAAAACCUUAACGAUUUAAAGCAAUGCAGCUGGUUAUGGUACAGCACAUAAGUCUUGUGUAAGUAAAUAUUAAUAGUGCACUUGCGCCACCUGCUGGACACAUUCAAGCAGCACAAACUAAACUGUGAUGCUCAUGAUUAUUUCAUAUUUUGGAAUAUGUAUGCAAAACAUAAUUUCUUAUUUCUUUCCUAUAUGACCUGAACGUGUUCAGAUUCAGCCGAAUAACCAGCGCAAUCAAAGAGUAAUACACAUGAUUCUUUUAUUGCCACCAAUCAUAAAGAAUAGGAAUAAUUCAUACAAGCAGAGACUGGACUUUCGUAGGUUGAAUUCUGUCACCUGUUUCAUGGCCUGCAUGUGAACCGCUGUGAUCAAACUCUCAGUGGAAGGUGCUUCGACUACUGCACUUUCAAGAGAAAAGCACAAUAGUACAAAUAAAAGGCACGUUUUCCUGAACACAACUCGGGAUGGCGAAGCAACACUUGUUUGCAAAUCAACUAUAUUUUAGUAAUGAAUAAUUAAGAUUUGGGAUUGUUAAACCACCACUGAUUAUUUGGAGUCCGUUUAAUGAGAGUAAUAUAAUAGAACAUCUUUCCCUAACAUUAGAUAAACAAAGUUCUGUGAAAUUAUGCUGGGAUUUGGCAGUUUACGUUUGGGGAAAAAUGACCAUCGCUGGAAAAAAAAAAUCCUUCAUUAAUUUUGCAAACUAGAAAUUUGUGAAAAAUUAUGUAAAGAUUUAAGGAGCUUAAACUGAAGUAGUGUUUCUUUUCAAACCCUUCUGUUCAGUUUUCAGUUUUGGCUAGAAUAAUGAAACUUUGACUUGCAAAAUAGAUGGUGAUAUAAUAUUUAGCAACAAAAUAUGCAUUUUAUGUAGAAGUACUGAUUUUAUCUUGUGCUGUAAAUUUUGAAGUAUGAGAUUAUUUUCUUGUGUGUUAUUUAGUAUUUAAUCAAUUCAAUUGAAAUCAUUUCAAAUAAAUUUAAAACCAAAUAUUUUUUUCUUUUUUUAAUUCAUCCUGUGCCUCCAAAUCAAUGUUUCCACAGUUUAAUAUCACAAAGUUCAAUACAUAAAUAUCAUGUGUUGCGUUUGUGUGAGAAAGACAAUAUUCAAAGUGAUGCAAUAAUGCAAACGAUAUAUUAAACGAUCAUAUUAAAAUUUAGAGAAAGAAAAGAGAUCCACAGUUGAGCAAAUAUGAAACUUCAUUCUAGACCACAAAACCUAUUUCACAUUAAUGCAAAUCACAAUUUAUGGGUGAAUCUCCCAAAAUGAAGAAAAUGAAUUAAUAUUAAAAUGACAUUAAUAUUUCUUGGAUUAUUUUCAUGACAAAUAUAAUUUUUUGUUCAUUUUUAGGUCAAUUUCUUGAGAUUUUUAUGCACCUUAUUUAUGCUGUAUCAUUUUACAAGUUUAUAUCUUUUUGCAAUUUUCCAAACAGUAAUUACAUUGGAUGAAAAAGAAGAAGAAUAUAAUAAUAUUCAGCAAAAAGAACACGAGGCCUGUUUGUAGGAAAUGACAAUUAGUCUAUAUCUUGGAGCUAUUUUUCAAACAGUAAUUGUAUCAGAUUGCCAAAAAAAAAAAAGAAUAAAUUAUAUCCAGCAUAAAAAAAAAAAAAUUAAACCUGUUUGUAUGAACAUUAAUAUUUUUUG